AUGAUGAAACACUACUACAACAACCAAUUGCUGCCAAACCAGAACGACAUAGAUAAUAUCGACGACACAGAGAUCCUGAACACCGCGCCGGGCGUCGUCGCCGGUCCUGUCGAGUUCAUACCUUUCAAUACACAACCGGAUAAUAACAACAUUAGCAAUGUUUCCGAGGGCACCUCUUGGACGAGAAGUGCCCCGCCGCCACAGCAACAACAACCGCCUCCAGCGUACCACCAGAAGAAAGCAAGCAAUGAUACUUUUCAGCAGAAUUAUCCAUUCCCACCACAACAACAACAUGUUUACAUGCAACCUUUCCCUCCACAACAGCAGGGAAUGAACGCAUCCGCAUAUCCACCACCACCCGAAAAUAAUACUAGCAAUAAUAACAUUCAUUAUUUCGAAAUGGACCCUAACACUAGCAACAACAACAACAGCAUAAACAAUCCUUCGUUCGUGAUGGGAGACGGAUACAUGGUCCCCAGAUGGCUCCCCGUCACGUCUCCGCAAAGUGGGAAUACAUUAGACAGAAACAUCAGCUCUACCAGCUUGAGAAGACUCAUGUACACUUCUUCCUCGGGGUCAUCCACUCAAUUGAACCAAAUCCCAUUUAUACAGCAAGAAUUGGAUAAUAUUCAAUCUCCAAAUACAGACACUAAUAAUAAUACAAACGCAUUCACUACCACUAAUAAACAAAUACCUAAUAGCAAUACCAACAAAUAUAGAACAUAUUCUGAAAUGACUUUUCAUAUGAUGCCCCCAGGUUCUCAACAAGCACCCAAUUUCCAACUCGUGGGAACCGCAGGUCCCACCACCAAUGAAGAAGACCCCAUUGAAGCCCCACAACCACUGCCGCCAUGGUUCAUGUACAAUAAUAGUAGCACCGCUAACAAGAACGUCACGGUAUUUGCACCAGAUCAAAUGACUGCUCCAGACAUGACCACUACACCUCAAUUGGCAGAAUAUAACGAUCCCACCACUGCUACCCUCUCCCCUCCCACAUCCAGUCUCAAUUAUUUACCACCUAAAUCUGCACCACCAAUGACAAACAACGCCAUGAGGGAAUUUCAUCAACAUAUCUCCAUGACGGGCGCAUCUGGGCCCUUCAUGGCAUCAUCAUCAUCAUCAUCAUCAUUCAGUGUGGAGAGAGAUACGCCCAGCGUGUACCAAUGCCACAUGUGUGUGAAAUCAUUCAGGAGACAUUCAUGGUUGAAAAGACAUUUAUUGGCACAUUCCUCGCAGAGACAUUAUUCAUGUCCGAAAUGUGUCAGUAAGCACAAGAGGAAGGACAAUCUGUUACAACAUUUGAAAUUGAAACAUACCGCGUUCGUCUUGGAACAACUACGACAGGAUAAUAUCGACAUCAAGACUGCCAAGGACGAGGGUGAGGAAGACCAGGGAACAGCAUCGAACACCAAUAUCAAGACGUUGCUCGUGGAGGGCCGUCUCAACAAGGAGGACGUCAAGAAGGUACUGAACCGCUUGAUAGACAGUGCCAACCAGGAGCAACAGCCGGCCUCCUUGAAGGAGGAGUCCGAGUAA